AUGCAAUCGUUCGACAGUGGUUCGCUCGGUCCCAGGGACCUUCUCGUGAAUGGUGCAUUCUGCAUCGAGGAACGGACAGUCCUUGAGCUUCUGGCCUUUGUCUUGCGCGCCGGCGACCUUCCCCUUACUAGGGAUGAGCUCAAGAACCGCUUCGGCGUGGAGGAUUUUCAGUACAAUGAUCUUUCGGAUAUCUUCCAGCGGUUGCUGGUAGAAUACGGCAAUUGUGCGCGCUACUCUGGCUUAUUCAAAGAUCUUGAGAACAUAUGUCUCAAGCUCAUUGAGCUAUCCUCGCGCGCAAAACAAGACUACGAUCCUAUCUUCGCGAACCUCAAGAAAAUCUUCAAGGACGAAGGGGACACCGACUAUCUCCGCCGACUUGUAAAACAGGACGUUGACAACCGGUUGGCUGAAAUCCGGCAGCUAGCGAGUACCGUCGACACUGCGACCUCGAAUAUCAACGACUGGGACAACGCAAACGCAGAUCAUAAGUAUCGCCUGACCGAUAUUGUCACAGAUAUAGAGCAGAGGGUUGAAAAUACGCCAGAGCUGAAAGCCAAGAGGGAUGGGUUCUGGGGAAACUAUGGGGAUCCCGUUUGGCGCCUCGAGAUGUCCGCGGUAAUUGACCUUAUUUUUUCCAAGGCUGUGAUCAAAGACUUUCAAUUACUGCUCGGUGGAUGGAAUGCUCUAUCCAAUGAUCUCACGAACCUGGGCAAUUUCAUCCUGAACAACACUGACCCAGCUCCUGGAUUGCUGGCAAACCUGGAGGAAAAUGCUAUAAUUGACCAGUGGCAGAAUCUCGAAACCGAAGUGAGAAACUUGACCAAUAAUGUUAUCACACCAGCUGUGAGAAAAACGACGGGCUGA